CCAGCCCAUAUAACGGCUGCGUCUGACCACCCGAGCCGACCUCUCGCCGUCGUCUUCCUCCUGGAACCCCCGAAUCCUCCUCAUCUUCCCCCCUUUCCCUCUUAUUGUCGUCGAGAUGUACCAUCCCACGAGAGGCGGCGUCCGCGGCGGGCGAGAUCAAUUCAAAUGGGAUGAUGUGAAGGUUGACAAGCACCGGGAGAAUUACCUUGGUCAUAGUGUUAAGGCUCCUGUUGGUAGAUGGCAGAAAGGGAAGGACUUGUUGUGGUAUACAAGGGAUAAGCAAUCUGACUCAGAAGACGCUAUGAAGGAAGAAAUUAGGAGAGUGAAAGAGGAGGAGGAACAGGCCAUGCGCGAGGCACUUGGCUUAGCUCCCAAGCGUAGCAGUCGACCAAAGGGCAAUCGUUUAGAUAAGCAUGAAUACGCUGAGCUAAUAAAGAGGGGAUCUACCGCAGAGGAUUUGGGAGCCGGCCAUGCUGAAGCAGCACAAGUGCAAGGAUUAGGUUUAUACAAGGCUCCUCACAACGAGGAAGAACCAAGCUCUCUUAGUCCUGACCCUCCUGGAACGGAGCCUGAGCAGGUUGACUUUGCACCUGCAACGAAGCAGGAAGAUUCUGAAGGUGAUAGGAGGGGAAAAAGGCGGGGCGAAGAGAGGAGAGGGGACAGAGAAAAAGAGCGGAGGCGUGAAAAGCACUAUGAGGGAAAAGAGAGGAAGCGAGACAAGUAUGAGAGUAGACACGACUCGGAGGACAGGGAGAAGCGCCACCGCAAGGAUAAGCAGAAGAGGAGGCAUGAUUCUGAUUAACAUAGCAGGCUAGCAGCGCUGCAACAGUAUUGCUACUGUACCUUACUUGCAUGUUUCAUGACUUGGAUGCUACUCUUGCUUGAUAAUGUAGUGUAUGAUUCAAUUCUGCUGUCUAUACCGUGCCCCUAUUUCGCAGAAACACAUGUGCAACUACGGAUAGAAUCGCAUGACUUUGUUGUGCCUGUUGAAGAUUGAAAAGAUGGUGUUUCAUGAAGAAGACUGAAAUCAUGUCUGA